AACUGACACAAUAAUCGGGAAUAAAAUAAGUUCCGGGUGAAUAAAAGUGUCGCACGUGAGAAUCAAGAAAAGAAUGGGAAUUUGUGGUAAUAAAAAAAACCCGGAGUUAAAAUAUGUGGCAGCCCCUAUUCUUGCAGUGGUUUUACUUACAGUAACGUAAAUUGGCCAAUGUUGAUGAACGAAAAGUGAGAAACUUUGUGCAACACUGCAAAAUUACGCGGGAAAUCUACCGCAUAAUUUCUCACAGCCCAACGAUCACCCAAACAGUAGAAAAAAAUGGUCGAGUUGGGCGAAAAAUUACUCUCUGGCGAGUCUGUAUUCGUGAUAUACGGAAGCAAGAGGAGCCAGGAUUAUUUCCCAUUAAGAGAAAUUGUUCAGCUUAUAGUGGAAAAGGAAAGAGGAGUUCUUAUUUUGGUAGCUACGCGGGAGAAGCAACUUAAAUUGAGGGAACUGAUGUGCAAAGAAUCAAUUUCAUGUAACAUAUUAGACAGAAAACUGUUGAUAGAAACGCCUGCCCAGUUACUGGACCAACUUCGGCCAAGAUCGAACCAAAUAUCCCUUAAUGAACAUCGUUUCGUUAGCAUAGUGUUCCACGAAUUGGAUAAACUGAUAGAAAAUAAUGGAGUGAAGUUUGAGGAAUUAAAACAGGAACUUUUCAGCGCACUAAGUCAUCCUCAACUUAUAGUUACUACCAGCUGUUGGAAUAGAGAUAUCUUGGGUGGUCUUUUACAGCGAUCCAACCGGAAUUUAGUAAUUUUAAAAGAUGCUUUGGAAGCAGCUGUCCAUGCCGACUUAACCAUGACAAUUGAGUGGGCCAAUGAUUCGGCUGAAAAGGUACAGCUACUGCAUUCCUACCUGGAGUCCCUCAAACCGGACCAAUAUCGCACCCUAAUUUAUUCCGACAAUGCAAAUGAAUUGGCACACAAAAUGCCAUUUAUUAGAACCCUUAAACAUCAAGGCAGAGCAAGUAAAAAUUCCAUUAAAAAUUGGCAAGAAAGGACCAAGGGCCAAGUUCUGGUGCUGGAGAAGCACGCACCCGAACUCAAGUUGGAUCAAAUAGAAAGCCUCCUUCAUUUCGACAUGACCAAGACGUGGAAUCAAUUCAGGGAACGAUUUGAUGUUUUCAAAAAGGACACGCCCAUCUACGCCCAAGGAAAGCAGUCACUUUUUACCUCAUCUUGUAGAGUUCCAGCAGGGAUACGGCGGUGUCGUAAGUGAGAAAAUCGCCGCCCAACAUGUACAGUUGCAACAGGAGCGGGAAAUAUCGCGCGCCAGCCGUCAAUGUGUCAUAUGUCCUGUCCUGCUGCUCUAUGGACGCUGCAGGACUCUUACCUGCCAAUAUCGCCAUUUGUUGUGUGAAGUUGACAAAAGUGUAUCCUCGGCUGUACCAAAGCAAGGACGAAUUCAAUUUGAAGUGCUCAAGGUGGGUGGUUUCUUCCUUUGUAUAAGUUUUUGAUGGAAUUUGGAUUUCGUUGUUGUUUGUAUCUUUCAGAUAUGCACACCAACCCACUUCGCAAGUCGCUUAUUAACCCUAAAAAAGGAUGAAAGUGCAGACUGGUUGAAACUUCCUCAUAAGGAUCAAUAUGAGAACGUACAGAAACUCCUGAAGGAUUAUUACUCCCAACCAGAGAACAUCAGGAAAUUAAGAGAACCCUGUCGACAGGACAAAUGUGCCUAUAAAUGCUCAGAUGGCAGAUUCGAAAGAGUUUCUAUAACAUUUUUGCCUUCGAAUUCGAGAGAUUCCGAUAUUCGGGUUAAAAAUUUAGACUCUAAUACAGCCAUAUACCACGUGAAGCUCCAUGAACUGGUACAGCUACCUGAGGACCUCAAAGGUUUUCCGCCUCUCGCCCUGGACAUUAGGCUGGUGGGUUGUAUUCCUUUCAAUGGAGAGGAAACCUGGCAAAGCCCCGACCUGCAGCCAGUUGGAGAGUUUCUUAAAGAAGGCGAUAUCUGUGAAGCAAGCAUUUGCUUUUCCCUAUCACAUACCAUAUUUGUAGAGCAAUUAGAGGUAGAGCAGGGAAGUUAUAGGGAAUUACUGGAGCGCAAUCGUCUAAGUAGAUAUGAUAAUGAAAUUGGCAACUGUCUGAGAAUAAUGUGCAAUAAAUAAACAAGUAACUGAGAUUGGUUUUAUUUAUAUUUAUUUAAAUUGUAGAUGAUCUCUAACGUUUUGAGUUUCUUUUACAUACAAACAUUAUGCCUCCGUAUUAUAUCAUUAGUAUUUUCUUUUAAUUUUCAUAUAUAUAUAUAUAUUUUAUAUUAAAUUUUCAAUUCAACGAUUCAAUUUCUUUCUUCAAUCUCGAGCUUAGUAAGUUUCUGACUUCUGUUUUUUUUUUUGGCUCGUUCUAAAACUUUUCCAUGGGCCAUUAGAGAGAGAAAAGGAGCUCAAGACUUGGGAGAAUUUUAUUUCCACAUACUCGCACGUUACUAUAAGUUUAUAAAUAUACUUUUGUUUCAUUAUUAUUAUUUUUUUUUGCCAUAUACAAGUUAAACAAAUCGAAUCUGCUGCUGCAUGGGACAACCAAAGCAAUUUGAAUUAGGCUACAAAUUAGAUUAGAUACAAUGUCAAAAACUUUGUCUAACCUAUAUACUUGGUUCCGCUCUCCACGUCCUCCUAACUCCUUAUUCCUCAUUCCUCGUCUCCGUAACCUCGUAUCCUUAUACAUUCCGGGGGAUUCAUGUGCCUGUCUGAGUGUCUGUGGCGACAUUUGAUUUGAAUUAAUUAACAUUACCCUUUCUUAGCGUUUCAUCGACUCUGUGUGAGCUCCCUCAUUAAUGUUUUAACUGCUAUUAAAGUAAUUUUAGUAGUGGUGCGACUUUAUGCUCUUGUAUUAUGACUUAAAUGGUUCUGGGUGUGACUGGUGUGGAGCAAAGAGGUGUAUGAGCUUAGAAAAAUAUGAAUUAUGUUUGAUUCCUUUCCAUUCCAUUCCACUGCACUCUACUCAUCAAAUAUUCAAUUAUUGAAAGUAUGCAAAGUGUUUAGUCGAUAUUUAAUAAUGCGGUUAUGCUAUGCUGUACUAUAUGAACGAAUGGUUCUAUCAUCUUGAGUGUUUACUGUUUUCAUAAUUUGUAUUUUUUCUUAUUAGUUUUGUGAUCGAUUCUCUUGAUUCUUGAUUCAAAAAGUUGAGCUACGACGAGGAGGAAAAUUAUAGUCGCUUCCGUAUGAUUACUUCGAUUAAUAAUAAUUUACGAGAAAAAUAUAGUACAUAUGCAUGUCAGAAUGUCAGUAUGUAGCCAUUUGUUGAUUCUUCAUUCAAUAAAUAUACAUAUAUAUUUAAAUUCAUAUAUAUCUGUGUAGAUCUGUAUAUUUGUAGACCGACUCUUGUCUCGAGGGCAAAUGAAUAACUAUCUGUUUCGGUUUCAGUUUUCUUUUCUGGCUUAAUUAAAUUUUCAAUAAAUAUAUCGAAUUUGUAUUUAUUUAUAAUUACAUACAAUUAUUGAACGCUCUUGUUCUUGAUUUCAUUUCUGCAUUGCUACUGGUCGAGAGACUACUGUACUUCAAUUCAAUUUCAAUAUCAUUAUCAUAAUCAUUAUCAUUAUCUUUUCUGUAUUCUGAAUUCUGUAUUCUGUACUGAUCUGAUGUGAUCGGAUGCUGUUACCCCGAAAUGCGAAGAAGCCAUCAGCAACUCCAGCAACAUUGUUUUAUUUUUUUUUCUCUAUUUCGUGCAACAUGGCCAACAAAACCGUUUUCUGGCUGUAAAUCAGGUAACAAAAAAUAUUUCUAAAAAAUAACAAAAUCAUCAUGGUAUUGUUUUUGAAUAAAUAGUUUUAUUUGAAAAUGGUUUUUUGCGUUUGUUUUUGUUUUUUUUUUGUUGUUUUUCAUUUUGGUAGAAUUUUACAAGUUGAAUGGAAAAUACAUACGUAUUAAAUAUUACAGUAUUUUAUUGGGCUAGGAUAUAGUAGAGAUAGAGGAAGGGGACUGUGUGGGGUGUGGGUGGAGGUUCGGGGGUCAAGGGUCUAGGACAUGUUGGCUGACCUAAAUAAAUGCCUGGAAAUGAGAGGUUUGCUGAGGAUUCAGAAAUUGUACGGAUUGUGGGAUUUUGCCAACACAAAACAACUUUUGAAAAGUUCAUUCACUGGAUUCUGAUUGUGAUUUCCCAAAAAUCAACGAAAUUAUUUCGUUGGGCUUUAUGCGAAUUGAAUGUCAAAUAAUAUUUAUUUCGCUAAUAAACUUACUUAGUUGAUGCUUAAGUUUUUGUGUGUUUCGUGUGCGUUUACAUAAAUUAGACUUAAAAACUAUAAAACAUAAAUGGAUUUCCUUCCAACUAGAGCCAGAGCACAAUAAAAUAGAGAUUUCCAGUGAAAGGUGUGGGAGAUGGGAGUUUUUUGGUGGGGAGAAGACUGAGCAGAUACAAAAAAUA